AGGGCAGAAGAAGGUAGGAGAGGUAAGCGCGACGGAAAGAAGAGACAGGACCCAGGCGCAGGAGCAAGCCUACCGGGGGGGCAGCAUCAGAGAGGCCGGGGGCGUGAGACAAGUCCAGAGCGGGCAUCGGGCCCACAGAAAGGGCGGAGGGGUUGGGCCCCCGAGGGGCAGGGACGGACGGAAGUAAGGUAGUUGACGAGCCAGAGAGGGGCGCCCCAAGUAGGGCCGGGGGAGGCAAGGAAAGCCUACCCGGCACAGGACAGGCAAGGGGCGAGUCCUGCAGUAAGGUAGGCAACCGUAAGAGAGGGCCGGAGAAACGGAUGCGCAGAGGGAGGGGCGCGCACCGGGUAGGCAGAAGACCCAGCCGGAUGAUGAGGAGUCGCAUAGACGAGGCGUAACAACGGCGAAGGAGGUCGCCGCUUCUGUGGAGAAGCAGAGGCUGGGUGGAGGCGAAGGUGAAUGGCAAAGUAGCGACGAGCGAAGUUACCUGUGGCACGAGCCGAACUAGAGGCAACGCGGCGGAGUCUUGUGAACGAGGUAGAAAAUAUGAAUG